AAUGGCGCUAGCGAAACCCCGACCCAAGAAACACUGCAGGCUGAAACCCGCCCAAAAUCUACCCCUAAUCGAAAACAAAGGCGAGUUGUAUCGAUUCAAGGGCAGCUUUAACGGGUUCUGCGUCGUAAUAGACAAUGUCGACGACAUGAAAAAAAUUAUUUCAAUGGGGUACUUUGGGAAGGCUUCUCUCUCAAGAAAUUAUCCAGAAUUUCGAAAAAAAUCGCCCGAAAUCGUCAGAAAUCGCGUCUUCCAAAACCGCAAACGCAACGCCGAAGGGGCAAAAUGCGCCCCCCAGAAAGUUAUUGUUGUUCCAGACAGCGACUCAGAAUCUGAAGACAUUGCAGACUAUUUUACUAAUUUGAAACCAGAGUAUCAGCUUGAUUGCUCAGGAAUCGCAGAAACGGUUAAUUUGGGGUUAGAAGAGGCGUUUUUUCUGGCUGCAGCCCUAAACUGUCUCGACAUACGUCACGACGGUAAAAUUUUGGGGCUCGAAGAAGCGUGGGGGCUAUUCCAACAAAGCGACAAGUGGUUUGUGAUUAACUACAUCGUUUAUUACCAUUUUAGAACGAAAAACUGGGUUGUCAAGCCUGGAAUUAAAUUCGGUGGUGACUUCUUGUUAUACAAACAAGGGCCCCCGUUUUAUCACGCUUCUUACGUCGUCAUUAUCCACGUCGUUGACGAAAACUUGGACAAAAUUGAACGUUUGAGCAGGCGCUCUAUGAAUAAUUUGUGUUUGAUGGGGUUAAACCGCCUGUGUGAGACUGCAGCCAAGGAACUACUAAUCUGUGAAAUAAUUUGGCCACAAACACAACCCAACCAGGUUCAUUUUCAAGACUUGUCAAACUUCACCAUCAAAGAAACCAUAAUGAAACGCUGGAUUUUCUCUCUAAAAAAACCACAAGCGACAACCAGUAAACAAACUUAAUUUUAAUUACGCAAAACUACUUUGUACAUAUAUUUACAUAGAAACUCCCAAACGUU